UUCAAUUAAUGAGAAGAAUUGUUAUUAAGCUUUCUCCGUUAUUCCCAUAGCUAAAGAUUAAAGAUGUGGGGUUGGAGGAUAUAAAAUAUAAAGCUGUUCUUUCUUUUUCUUUUUCUUUGCACAUAAAAAAUAAUGAAAGAAAAAUACCAAAAAGACCUCCCUGAUGUCGACACAUUUGUUGACGUAAAAGCUGCAAGUGUAUCUAUCCGGUCCGAAGAUGAAUCUGUUCCCCCAUUUCAAAAAACAAAGGCUGAAAAAAGACUGGUGAAAAAGAUUAACAUGGCGUUGCUUCCUUUUAUUGGGGCCAUCGUGUUCAUCCAAUUUGUUGACAAGUCUACACUUGGUAUCUCUGCUGUUUUAGGUAUUAUUGAAGACACCCACUUAACGGGUAGUCAAUACAACUGGUUAGGAUCUUUCUUCUAUCUGGGUUUUAUCGCAUUUCAGCUUCCAAAUAACUAUUUUUUACAAAAGUUUCCCAUUUCCAAAUAUCUCGGAACCUUACUGAUUUUAUGGGGUAUUGUUAUGGCAUGUACAUCAAUGUGUACCAACUUUGCUCAAUUAGCUGCUUGUCGUGUACUACUCGGUUUGUUUGAAGCUGGUACAUAUCCAUCUUUAUUAAUCAUUGUAAAUACUGUCUAUCGUCGAUCUGAACAGUCCGCUGCCUAUGGUUUUCUGUGGUUCAGUAAUGGUGCGGGUACAAUGUUGGGUGCCAGUUGUGCUUAUGGAAUCUCCUAUAUGAAUAACGCUAGGGGUAUUGAGACUUGGCGGUGGCCUUAUAUAAUCUGGGGGUGUCUGACAAUUAUAUUUGGUAUUCUCUCGUUUUUCUUCUUACCGGACUCGCCCAAUUCUUUCAUGUUUAGACUGACAGAAGAGGAAGAGAAAAUAGUGGAGGAAAGAACGCGAGACAAUGCCGUAGUUCGAGUAUAUGAAUUUAAGCGUCACCAUAUUAUCGAAGCACUCAAAGAGCCUCGCCUUUAUUUACUUUGUUUUUCUACACUUUGUAACAAUCUUCAUAAUGGUGGUCUUGUCGUGUUUAGUACUAUCUUGGUCAAAACUUUUGGUUUCAGUGAUCAAGAAUCUAUUCUUCUUCAAAUUCCUAUGGGGUUUUCCGCUGCUUUUUUCGCCGUGUUGGCUGUAUUUGUAGCUCGUAAGACAAAGCAGUUAUUCUUAGGGGUUGUUGUAUCUAGUACUGUUUCAUUGGUCGGCGUUAUUUUAUUAGCCGUUCUUCCACCCAGCGGAAUUAAACUAUUGGGGUAUUUUCUCGCUUGGGCUAUGAAUGGUACCUCCGUCAUGCUACUUACUAUCACUGGUUCUAAUGUAACAGGAUAUACCAAAAAAAUAUUCUACAAUGGUAUGAAUAUGAUUUUUUACACCUUGGGAAAUUUCAUUGGUCCGCUUGUUAUGCUUGCAGAGGAAGCCCCUGUUUACAAAACAGGUAUGAUCAUUUACUGUAUUGGCAAUGGCGCCAUCAUUGUCAUGAUUUUCGUAAAUCGACAAAUCAUGGCUAGAAAAAACAAAAUCCGACUUAAUAAUCCUUCUGGUGUUAUCUUCGAUGUAAAAGACGACUUGACUGAUCGCGAGAACCAUAACUUUAUUUAUAAACUGUAAAUCAUCAUUGUAAAUUUUAAUAAAAACUCUAGUAUACUUCUUAAUUUUUUAUCUAUUCUUGUAGUCAAGUAUUAUUAUGGAAGCAGGUUUUUAUAUACUAAUGGCCAUUUGAAAAAAAUGGCCUUUUAAAGUUAUGCUUUCAAAAUAUUUAGCAGGAUUUGUCAUUUGCACCCCCCCCCCCAGUUUUCUUAUCC